UGGUGGCAGAGGAGUCAGCGAAAGGGAAAGAGUCCGUUGGUGAAACCCCACCCCUGCGUGAGUGAGCAGCACUGAGGUAAUGCAGCCCAGCCCUGGCUCCACUCACUCAUAUAAGGCAGCCACCAACACAGGUGCACUCAGGAGUGAGCGGAUCCUCUGGAGCUUACACAGACAGCGACAGGUGCCCGCAGGUGCUGCCAGCUAAGGAGUCCCGCUCCCUUUCUGCCGUUGCCUUGAAAGUACCUAGGGCGUGGCAACAUGUCGAUGGGGCUGGAGAUCGGUGGAGUGGCCCUGUCGGUGGUGGGCUGGGUGGGCGCCAUCCUGUGCUGCGCACUGCCCAUGUGGAGGGUGACGGCCUUCAUCGGGAACAACAUCGUGACAGCCCAGACCAUCUGGGAGGGGCUGUGGAUGAACUGCGUGGUGCAGAGCACAGGCCAGAUGCAGUGCAAGGUCUACGACUCCAUGCUGGCGCUGCCCCAGGACCUGCAGGCGGCACGUGCCCUGGUGGUGAUCGCCAUCGUGCUGGCCAUCCUGGGCCUCAUGGUUGCCCUCAUCGGAGCGCAGUGCACCAGGUGCGUGGAAGAUGAGACCACCAAGGCCAAGAUCACCAUUGUGUCCGGGGUGAUCUUCUUGCUGGCUGGGAUCAUGACCCUCAUCCCCGUGUGCUGGUCGGCCAACACCAUCAUCCGCGACUUCUACAAUCCUGUGGUGUUAGAGUCACAGAAGCGGGAGCUGGGAGCCUCCCUCUAUGUGGGCUGGGCAGCUGCAGCACUGCAGCUGUUCGGGGGGGCUCUGCUCUGCUGCUCCUGUCCCCCCAAGGAUGAUAAGUACACUCCAGGCAAGGUGGCUUACUCUGCUCCCCGAUCCACCGGGCCCAGCUACGACAAGAGGAACUACGUGUGAGGGAGGCAGCCCAGCACCCCUCCUGCCUGCCCUGAUCCAUUCAUCAGACUGCUCCUGACUUCACUGCCUCCCCCACUGUCUCUGCAGCCCUUAGGAGCCCCGGGGAACACGGCCACCCCCUGCCGCCCCAAGGACAAUGGUUGGCUGGCUGUUCACCAGGCUCUGACUGUCAUUCCAAGGGCUGGGUGGAGGAGGAACUGCUCCGUCUCCCUCAGGGCUGCUGGCGAGGGGAAGCAAGACCCUGCUAAGACUCUCGUUUCUGUUUGUAGAUACUUUCUUUGAUCUUUUGCACCCCAGCUCUGAGACACCCUCAUCCCUACUGGCUGGAGAAACCCCACUGGGCUCCGCUCCUCCUUCAAACCCAACGGAUUCCUCCAGCUGGCUCAGCUGGCACCCUGGCAACCACUCUGCCUGAGAGUCAGGCCCCAGGGCAGGGAGGGGCAGAAGGGUAACUUAGGGUGAAGAGGUGUUUGUGCUGAAUGUGCCAGCAGCCUCUCCAAGCUGGCACUGGCUAUGCCCUGGGUGUUAGGACCCCCCCCUUUUCCCUACCUCCCAGGAGUUUUCUCUGAGGCACGGCUGGGAGCAUCCCCCUCCCCCGUCCUUUCUGCGAGGGAUAGAGCAGAGGGGAGACACAUCGUUCAGAGCAGAGUUGGGAGAGGGCAGAGAGAGCAGAGGAGGGCGGUGGGCUCCAUGCCCUGCCCCCAAAGGGCUCUGAGCUCUCUCCCGAGUCACCUCUGACUUACGCCCCACUGCUCUGCGCUGGCCAGCGGGAGCGGCGGGGAACAUGCAGGGCAGGUGCCAGGCUCACCUACCCACCAGGGAGAGAGCUAAACAAGCCGUAUCUUAGCAGUCUAAGCCAAGGCUGGAGAAUGGAGGUGGCUCGUGGCAACGGGGGGAGAAAUCUGGCAGAGGGGUGGAGAGGGUCCUGGGCAGGGAGUGGGGGUGGGGGAUGGGGGGACCCUUCUGCCAGUGAAGCGCUCUGGAUCAAUACUGAACUGGGUGCGCCCACUUGCGGGUUUGAUGUCUGUGUAAAUACAAAUGGUUUAUUGUAUCUAGGAGAGAUUUUUCACCAUGAUUUGAUUUGUGAAGGAAGCUAUUGCUGGGACAUGCUGCCUCCUAGCACCCGCCUGCGCUGCUGGGACUUAUCCUGGGCCAUGGAACAGUAGCUGAUCUCUUGGCCUCAUAGAACAGCUGAUCCUUCUGGGGGCCCUGAGGUGGCUUCUGUGGGAAUGAGAGGAAUUAAGAGCCCUCCCUUGCCAUGGUGGGAAAGGAGGCCAGCAGACACUGGGGCGGGGGUGUGCAGGGCGAUCGUCUCUCUGAGCACCUGCCUGCCUGUGCUGGACAGGCUGUGCCCUGUUACACGCUUACAGUCAUGCUUCCACUGCUUUGUACCGAGUUACAUUUUUCAAUAAAAUUGUCCAG